CGCCAGACCGUCGUGUCACAACGAGACUAUGCAGGCAUGGAAGGCAUUAUAGAUCAUCUCGGUAUCCUUCUCAUCGAGGCUUCGGCCUUCGACGAUGCUGCGGCCAGGCAGGCGCUGCGAGAGAGCAUCUCGUUACAGUCUCGCACUGAUCAAGAGCUAGCCGAGCUGCCCUCGGAAGCAGUCACAAAGCUAUGCAUGCUAGCCCUUUUUGCGAAUACGCAUUGCGAGUAUGGUCGACUUGUAAGCAAAACAGUCACUGUCAGCCUAAUGCAAACCUCGGACCUGCUCUCAUCGCAUAAUUCAACGAAGGCACCCACGCAUCACUCCCUCAUCAGCUCGCCCAAGUCAUCGCAAACGGGAGCAGACCUCAUAGACUAUACACCAUGGCGUCAGUGGAUUCUCGACCACCUCGCUUGGCCAUUCCCAAAGCCAGAAAACAAGCAUGCGAUGGUAUGCCUCAUCAAUGGCCACACAACCGUCAAGCGUCUUCAGACCUGGCUCGUCAAUGCUCGUCGUCGUUCGGGCUGGAAUACGUUCUACAAGACGCAUGCAAAGAGCAAGCAGGAGCUCAUGAAGGCACUUGUCAAGGCAAUCGAAUCUGACAAGUCGGGCGUCAAACCUCAAGCACGCAAGGACUACUUUGCCGUCAAGCAGUUCUUCGCUUCGGGCGGUCGUGAUACUGUGGCACCUUGGCUCGAGAACCUCAUUGCCGAAUCGCAAGUGGCUAGUGCCCGCCCGAUGAUCAUGUCGCGCGCAUCGCAAGACUCGUCAGAUUCGGGUCGCUUCACAGAGCUCACCAAUGCGCCCAUUACGCCUACCUUCAGCAUCGAUACCUGGCCCAGUCCUUCGCACGCCUCCCAGGGUGUCACACCUUCGCCCGUCGACGCUCGGCCUUUCGAAAGCGACUGGCUAGACGUACCUGAACGUCGCGCUCCGUCUGGUCGAACUGCUCGUGUAGACUAUAGCACGCUCGAUCGUUCGCCGUCGCCUCUGUCGGAUCUGUCUGAUGCGGCCAGCGAAUACGAAGAGGAGCGCGUUGUUUGCGCUUCUACCUGGCUGCGCGAGAACGAGAUCCGCACACCUAUGCUGACUAACUACGACCGCAAGAAUCUCACCCCUAUGUAUACCUCAAACGCUGGUCGUCACUGAGCUAUCCUUCACGCGCUGUCGCCCUCGCAACCUCACAUUCGCACUACAUAUCGCAUCCUCGCAUCCUCGCAAAUCACUCGCAGCCUAUCGUUGUACAAUCUAUUGCAUGCAUUCUCAGUUCUAUCACUCCUACAGAGUGAUCAGAUC